AUGGCCGCCGUCCGCCAACGCCGCCAGCUCAACCUCCGCCUCCCCGAACUCGCCGCCGACCGCCGCCCUCGCUUCCCGGUCCCCCUCCCUCCCUCCGCCCCCGCCACUUCCUCCUCCUUCCUCUCCUCCGACCUCGAUAAGCUCUCCGUCCUCGGCCACGGCAACGGCGGCACCGUCUACAAGGUCCGCCACCGCCGCACCUCCCAGAUCCACGCCCUCAAGCUCGUCCGCGCCGACUCCGACCCCGCCGCCCGCCGCCAGCUCCUCCGCGAGGUCGAGAUCCUCCGCCGCGCCUCCGACUCCCCCCACAUCGUCCGCUGCCACGGCGUCGCCGAGACGCCCUCCGGCGACAUGACGAUUCUGAUGGAGUACAUGGACCUCGGGACGCUCGAUUCGCUGCUGAAAAGCGAAGGAUCGGAGUUCUUCACCGAAUCGAUCCUCGCCGGAAUCGCCCGCCAGGUGCUCGCCGGGCUCGACUACCUCCACGGCCGGAAAAUCAUCCACCGCGACAUCAAGCCGUCGAACUUACUGGUCAACGCCGCGAUGGAGGUCAAGAUCGCCGACUUCGGGGUCGGGAAAAUCAUGUGCCGGACGCUCGAUGCCUGCAAUUCGUACGUCGGGACGUGCGCCUACAUGAGCCCCGAGCGAUUCGAUCCCGAUUCGUACGGAGGGAACUACGACGGCUACGCCGCCGACGUCUGGAGCUUGGGAUUGACUCUGUUGGAGCUCUUUAUGGGACACUUCCCGUUCUUGCCGCCCGGUCAGAGGCCGAAUUGGUCGAGCUUGAUGUGUGCGAUUUGCUUCGGCGACCCGCCGCCGCUGCCGGAGGGCUCGUCGGAGGAGUUCAGGAGCUUUAUCGAGUGUUGCUUGCAGAAGGAUUCUAGUCGGCGGUGGACGGCGGCGCAGCUGCUGUCGCACCCGUUCGUUUUGAAAGCAGUUGUGUAG